AUGCGCGAGGAGCAUCUACCUUUUGCAAUGUUGAUGGAACGUUUGAGGGUCGAAGAAGAGAUGCGUAUUAGGGAGAACCAGGGAGCACCUUUUAACCUAGUAGGUGAUCUAGCAAGGAAGUAUGCACCAAGGCAAAGAGAUAUGAAGCCGCGAAGUAUGCAAUGGAAGAGGCAAGAAUUGGAGACAAAUGGCAAAGUUAUUUGCCAAGUUUGUGGCAAGAAGGGGCACAUCUCUCAACAUUGUCGUUAUCGUAACAGGAAGGAUGACAAGGAAGGUAAUGAUAAGGACCAUGAGGGAAAUGGAUCAAUGCCUACAAGUAUGGAGGUCAACAUGUCUGAGAGGGCAGCGGAAUAG